GGGUCAUGAGUUGCCAAGGCAACCGUAACCUAACGUAACGCCCGUUCAUUUAAGAAGACCAGAGGUACUACAAUGGCCCAGUGAAGAUAACAGAGAGGUUAUCUAUUAUCGAAGCGGAAUGGUUCUUGUUUGUUGUUAAGAGCCGGUAUUUGAGUUUAAAAGAAGUAAGAAGCGAUUCGCUUCUUUGGUAAAAAGAAGAUGGAGUUCGAAAGAAGGGAGACCGUGCGGUCGACACCGAGUCGACACGAGAAAAGUUUGGGACUCCUCACGAUGAAGUUCGUCAGUCUGCUUCAAGAAGCUAAGGAUGGCGUCCUUGAUUUGAAAGUGGCUGCGGACAGCUUAGCAGUGAAGCAAAAGAGAAGGAUUUAUGACAUCACAAACGUACUGGAAGGUGUGGGGCUGAUUGAAAAGAAAAACAAGAAUAUAAUCCAGUGGAGGGGGCAGAACACAGGCUGCCAAACUCACGAGAUGCAGGAGCAGCUCAGUGUUUUAAAGGCCCAAAUCGCUGAGCUUGAAGCUCAAGAGAAAGAGCUGGACAACCAGAAGGCCUGGCUUGAGGACAACAUCAAACGCAUCAACCAUGAUCCUAUCACCAGUGCAUAUCCUUUUAUUGAUUUGUUCUACUCUUACUAUCAUUUACUCAGGUACAUUUUUUUUCUUGAUGGUUUGCUUUUGUCCAUGAUAUGGGGCAAGAAUGGUCAGAAGUACCAGGUGAACCUACGGAGCCACUCGGCUCCCAUCCAGGUGAUGCUCAUCAACAGGGAUUCUGGAUCCAGAGUGCCUGUGGUUUUUCCUGUGCCACCCACCAGUGACAUCUGUCCGAUGCCGACUCCACCCAGCACUCCUGCCAGUCUGCAGAGGUUCCCCCUGUUGAUGUCUGCCUGCUCCACUUCUGACACAACCCCAUCCUUCUGCAGCCAGGACUCUGUUUGCUCAGACCACCAGAUGGUGCUGCCAGACCAUGAUGAAAUGUUGACGCCUUCAUCUACCCCUGGUGAUUUUCACAUAGAUUGUCACAGCCAGCCCGCGGUGCUGGAGCAGCAUCACAUGGACCUGGUAGGCUCAGAGUUCCAGUCUGUGCUUGAUGUUAACAGCCUGCUGAAACUCAGUGCUGCUGGAGAGCACAUGAAGGAUGACAGAGAGGGAGAUGAUGACCUGAUCGAAGAGCUGAUGUCUGCUGAUGGUAUCGACUACAGCUUCAAUCUGGAUGACAAUGAGGGAGUCUGUGACCUGUUUGAUGUGCAGAUCCUCAAUUUCUGAAUGCUGACAAAUGACUCUGCUGCCUGUAUUGGAGUACUUGAAAGAAAAGCCUCUUGUUAAAGGCCUGUCAUAAUUACACAGUGAAUACUGUCAAAAAACAUGGUGGCCCUUCAGAAAGAAAACAAAAACAAUGCUACUCUCUUGCCAAUACAACAAAGUACCUGAAUGUAUUUACCACACGGUAUUUACACACCCCAGAUUCAUAAUGUGACCCCCAAGGAUUUAGUGGUGCUGGCUUAAAUCUGCAGGAUGUCAGGGUGAUGAGGCAUCCGAGUACAGGAAGGUUAACAUUAACCCUUCGGCCUCAGUCUGCACAUCAGCAUCUUUGUAUAGUUUUUUUUCUUAAAGCUUAAACCUGACUUGGUCUCUUUGUUAAGUUUACCUGCUUUUGGGACUGUGAAAGUGCCUUUGCUGACCUGUACAGGAGCUUAGACAAAGUCAGUACUGUCUUCCUUUUUCUUUUCAUUUCAGCACAGGGUUAAUGAGUUGGCUCAGGUUACGUGAGCUUUCUUUGCACGAGAAUCAUAUGAACUGAUACUAUAGUUAGAAUUCAGAAAUAUUUAGAGUUUAAUGCCUGAAUGAAUUUUUGUUACCGUGUUCUUGCGAGCUUAAAAGCUUCUUUUCUAAAUUAUUGCCACUGCCAUGGUUGGCCAUUUCCUCUUUCUUUCUUUUUAUUACUGUUAUUUAGAUGUCUGUUUUUGUUUGCCUUUUUAAACUUAAAAAAUAUGGUAGAUUGUUGAUACAGAAGCUAAGUUGACCAUCUUAAUUGUAUUUAAAUAAUUGUAUUUUCUGAUCUGAGAAAUAUUUGGAGCCCUGA